CACACUCCUCCUUGCCUGCAGGUAAGGUCCCUUGGCUUGAACCUCCCACCACUAAACCAGGAAUUACUCAGCUUUAGAAAAACGUAACAACUGUAACAGGUGUAUUUAUUGUUUCUUACGAUGUCUGCAAACGCCGGUCAACCAACUGUUGAACACUCCGGACUGCUAAAGCUUUAUUCUGCCUUGUUUUACGCCGGCAGCUCGUUCCUCAUUACGGUGGUCAAUAAAACCGUGCUGACGAGCUUCAGGUUCCCAUCCUACAUGUUUCUGGGAAUUGGCCAGAUGAUCGUCACUCUCGUUGUCCUAUAUGCUGCCAAAAUGAGAAAAAAAGUCCAGUUUCAAGAUUUUGACAGGAGUAUUCUCUUUAAAAUUUUCCCUCUUCCUUUGCUGUAUGUUGGGAACCACAUAACAGGACUGGCAAGCACCCAAAAACUCAGUUUACCCAUGUUUACAGUGUUACGGAAGUUCACCAUAUUGAUGACAAUGAUCUUGGAAGUAUAUUUACUAAAAAAAACCUUUCCUAAAAGCCUUGUGUACAGUGUUUUAGCCAUAUUCUUCGGUGCCAUAGUUGCUGCAAGUUUUGACCUAGCCUUCGAUGUGGAGGGCUAUACUUUUAUCCUGCUCAAUGAUGCCUUUACUGCAGCCAGCGGUGUGUACACCAAGAAGAAAUUGGGCACCGAGGGCCUCGGGAAGCAUGGUCUCUUAUUCUACAAUGCACUUUUCAUCAUAAUCCCCACUCUUUUGGCAAGUAUGUUUACCGGAGAUUUACACAAGGCAAUCACAUUUCAGGACUGGGUCGAUUCCACUUUUGUUUUUUGUUUCCUCUUGUCUUGCUCCAUGGGGUUUGUGCUGAUGUAUUCCAUAGUCUUGUGCAGCUAUUAUAACUCUGCUCUUACAACGACAGUAGUGGGGGCAAUAAAGAACGUUGCAGUUGCCUAUAUUGGCAUCUUUGUAGGUGGAGACUACCUCUUCUCUUGGACCAACUUCCUAGGCCUCAGCAUUUGUAUGUCAGGUGGACUAGUGUACUCGUAUUUCACCUUUAAUCAGAAAUCACCUAAAAUAAAUUAUGCAGGAGGAGCACAAGUGCUGAAGAUUCACAUCACAGAAGAUUCAACCCUGAAGGACGCUAUAAUCUAAAGGGACAGUAUUUUAGUUUCGCCACCUGGUGGCAUUCCUGUACUCCAUAUUGGAGCAUCAUAGUAUCUGUUAUUUUGAAUUAAAACCAAUGAAUUUAA